AUGGCCACAAACAACACCGACACAAGUGGAGAUUAUUUGUGCACUUUCUGUAUGAUCGCCAGAGGUCAAGACCAAGAAGCCCAAGUUUUAAAAAAGGAUCAGGAGCUGGUGUGUUUCCGGGACAUUUGCCCCGCCGCUCCUCAUCAUUACCUGGUUGUUCCCAAUCAGCACAUUGAAAACUGCUUCUCGCUGCACAACGGCCACGUCACACUCGUGGAAAAGAUGGUUGAAAUGGGGAGAACCGUGCUACAGGACCAAGGAGUCGCAGAUAUGACGGACAUUAGAAUUGGAUUCCAUCAACCGCCGUACACGUCGAUAAGUCACCUCCACCUGCACGUUCUCGCCCCGGCCAGCAAGAUCGCAGGCAGCGUGAUGUUUAAAUUCUUACCCGGGACCGUGUCCUUCGUAGACGUGAGCGCCGCCGUGUAA